UAGAGUUUGAACAGUAAUUGCCUGUUCGGCAGACACAUCGCGCGGCUUCACAUCCGUAUAUUUUGAGGAGGGUAACGAUAAAUUUUGUGGAUUCGACCCUCGCUAGCAGCCGGAAAAUGUGGAAAAUCGUAUUCAUCGCUCUGCUGGUGAUUUUUGCUGUAUCAAGGCUUUUCAGCUCGUACGCUGAUGUGCCCGAGGUACCAAAUUUACCAACUGACCAACACUGGGGACCUGGAGAGUCACGUGAAGUUAACACUAGCAUCCGUCCAUUCAAAAUUGACGUCCCAAAAGAGAUUAUCGAUGACCUCAAAGCACGCCUGAGUAGGACACGAUCUUUAAGGAAGCCACUGGAUAGUGCAGGAUGGACUUACGGCGUUAACAGCGAGCAUUUGCAAACCGUACUAGAUUACUGGAGGACAAAGUAUAACUGGACGGAACGUCAAGCCCUUCUCAACAAGUAUCCGCAGUUCAAGACUAAUAUUCAAGGUUUGGACAUCCACUUCUACCAUAUAAAGCCUAUUGUGCCCAAAGGUAGUUCCGUGAAAGUUCUUCCUCUACUGCUGGUUCAUGGCUGGCCUGGAUCGAUCGUCGAGUUUCAAAAAAUCAUCCCUCUUCUCACAACGCCACGUUCCAACCAUGACUUCGUCUUUGAGGUGAUCGCACCAUCGCUUCCAGGGUACGGGUUUUCCGAUGCCGCGAUUCGCCCCGGAUUAGGCAGUGCUCAAAUGUCAGUAGUACUGAAGAACCUGAUGAGCAGACUUGGAUUCGAGAAAUUCUACACCCAAGGUGGAGAUUGGGGUAGUCUUAUUACCGCAAAUAUGGGAGUCCUUUUUCCUGAUAGCGUCUUUGGAAUACAUUUGAACGCAUGCUUCUCAUUCGCACCUUCAGCCACUAUCUGGUCAAUUUUCGGUGCGUUCGUCCCGUCUUUGACCAUCAGCGAUGAACACUGGUCCAAAAUGUACCCUCUUAGCCAUCACUGGUCACGUAUGAUCGAAGAAUCGGGAUACCUGCAUCUGCAGGCCACCAAACCCGACACCAUUGGCACAGCGCUUACCGACUCGCCAGCUGGUUUAGCCGCUUACAUUUUAGAGAAGUUCAGCACGUGGACAAAUCCGGAAUUUCGAUUCAGCAAAGACGGUCGCUUGCUCGAAAAAUUCAACAUCGAUGAGCUUUUGGACAACGUUAUGGUUUACUGGGUGACAAAUUCGAUCACAACGAGCAUGCGCUUGUACUCAGAGAGUUUCAACAAAGCUCAUUUCAACCUAAGAAUAGACUCGAUUCCGAUCCACGCACCGCUAGCCUGCGCCAUUUUUCCGUACGAAAUAUUUUACCAGUCAGAGGCUAUUCUGCGAUCCAGAUACGCAAACAUGAUUCAAAUAAACCAUCUGCCUCGUGGUGGUCACUUUGCAGCUUUUGAAGAGCCUCAGCUUCUUGCUGACGACUUCUGGUCUUUCGUCGGUCUGAUUGAGAAGAAAGAAAAAACUACUCAGAAGACUGGCAAAUCCUCGGAGUUAUAAGAAAAUUAAUCUUACUAUUCUUCAGUUCAUUUUCAUGCGUCGUGUAAUAUACAAAUAUUGAAAUGUGGAAUUCAGCUUUUUACUGAAAAUGGUCAACUAGCUCAAAUCAACGAAUGUGUACCAAUAUAGAGGCUAAAAAGAUAAUCACAAUUCAGAAGGAAAUGUUGGCAUUGUGAAGCGUUUUUCUGUAAUCACGGCAGAAUUGUAUCUGAUUUAACUACAGUUAAGAUCAG